UCUGAUCCACUUCCUCAAGAUGGCAAGCAAGCCUCUAGAUCACUUCAUCAAGGCGAUGAGGCCUAUCGAGAAGCAACUGCAAGACUCCUACCAUAACCUCGACAAGAAGUGGAAAGACCCCAAACACCCUGGCCAAUUCUUCAUGCUAAUGAUACUCGACGGGUGUUUCAUGCUUGAAGUGAUGCGCAUGAGAGAUGAGAACUAUAGAAAAAAGAGGUAUGCCACACAUGAUCCCGUUUUUAGCAGUUAUGGAGUGAACCAUAGGUUGCCUUAUAUCAAGAGGGACAUGUUGGUGAUGGAAAACCAGCUACCUCUUCUAGUUCUAAAGAAGCUGCUUGAAGUCGAAGGCCUUCAAAGUGACAUGGACGAUGUCUCCAUUAACGAGAUGAUACUCCAGUUCUUUGGGGUGAAGGCUAAGACAACAGGCCUGGGCCUCCAUCCGCUCGACGUGUAUCGGAAGAGCUUGCUCCAUGGUACACCACCGUGGCUACCGCUACCACCCAUCCCAAGCCAGAGCUUCGAGGUCCUCAGGUCAGCCGUGGAGCUCCGCGAGUCUGGAGUCAAAUUCAGGAAAAGCAAUAGCACUAGCCUUGCUGACAUCGACUUCAAGGACGGCGUACUGAGCCUCCCACCCAUUGAGGUCGAUGACAACACCGACAGUAUGUUACUCAACAUCAUGGCCUUUGGGCACCUCCAUGUUGGCACCGGCAGCUAGGUCACCUCCUACGUAUGCUUCAUGGACGAGGUCAUUGACUCGGCCAAGGACGUGAGUCUCCUGCACCGAAAAGGCAUCACGCGAAAUGCAACAGGGAGCGAUAAGUCUGUCGCCGAGCUCUUCGGGAGGCUCUCCGAGGAAGUGACAACGGAUCCACACUGUAGGCUUCGAUAUGUGCGACUGCAGGUGAAUAAAUACUGCCAGAAGAAGUGGCAUAAUUGGCGAGCCGUUUUACGGCACCAAUAUUUCAAUACCCCAUGGUUUGCCAUCUCACUUGCAGCCGCCAUACUUAUUAUUUUUCUUACCGCCGUCCAGACCUCUUGUAGCAUCUACCACUGUCAGCACACAAAGAGCAAAUCCUAGUGGUGGACCACAUCCUUCUGGUGCGAUAACAUUGGAGAAUAAUGCUACGAAGUCUGCGUUCUGGUAUGUCGUGUGCCUAAAAUAUAUGCUUGUGCGUAAAUUUGAAGACUAUCCCGGGUUCACUGAGUGGAAUUGAUGGUGUUCGAGUUUCCACAUUCCGUUUCUCUCGAGUUGGUUUGUACUUGCGAGUCUUGGUCUUGUCUAUGUUUUGUUUGAUUGGGAUUUGAUGUUCUGCUGAUGUCAAAUAA